UUGGUUAACGCAUAACUAAAGAACGAAUCGGACGGAGCGAAUUAGUGCAAUCUUUAAGCGCAAAGCAUGGCUAAAAGAUUUGUUUGUAAAUAGAAUAUUUUGUUAGUUUUAUUUCAUUUAAUGAUUAUUACAGCUAUUUCUUAAGUAUUCCAAAUUUUCCACCUUUGAGUAUAGUUUUCAUAAUUGGGAAAAUGUCAACAAGAGUAUAUCCAACUUUCGUGAAAGGUAAUCCACGAUUAAGAGUAUUUCUACCAAACUUUUUUAUGAAAUUAGUAAAAUCUAAAAUUAAUGAACCUGCUAAUCAUGUGCGGUUUAUCAUACCUCUUGAGAUGACAGAUGAUGAUGUAAAAAAUUACUUGGAAAAAAUAUACAAUGUCCCUGUUUGUCAAGUACAGACAAGGCUCUACGAAGGAGAAAUAAAGAGGAAUCAUAAAAAUUAUUUGAUAAAAGAACCAGAUUAUCGCAUGGCUCAUGUAACAUUACCGGAGGAUAUGAAAUUUGAGUUCCCUGAUUUGUUUCCUAAAGCGAAGAAAGAUAAAGUUGAUGAAGAUGAAUCUAGGUUGCUCGAUCAAGCUGCUGACCUUAUGAAGCAAAGACGAAGAAAUUGGGAUCGUAAAGAUGUUCCAACGUGGUUUGGUUUAUAAUAAAUUAACUGAGAAUACUUUAAAUGCAAUGUUUAGCUCUUGUUUGGAAGAAAAACUUCUUCGUGUAAUUUUCUUACAAAGGUUUCUCAGCUCAAAUGUUAUGUAUCUUAGAUGACCUUAAAACUUACAAAUUUUAUUUUUAUUUGAUGUAUUUAUUUUUUAAAAAUGAGAAUUUUCUCAUUAACAUGUAGCAAUUAUUUAACUUUAAAAUCUGAGAUAGAUAGCUGUAAGUCAUCUAAUUUUGAAAAGUAAUAAAUUGAAAUUGUUAUGUUAGAA